CCAGUGGCGACCGCCCGUCACCUGCAAACGACAUCAGACCAGCCCACACGAGCAAGAGAGCUUAACCCCGCGUCUGACGAAUAGGGUUAGAUAUCUGAGGGCAGUGGACUGGUACAGUAUAAUCAAACUCGUUUCAGUUGCGAUAUUUAGGAUACGGUAGGCUAUAGCCUAGAUGUUUUCUGAGUUAGCCUUAACGUUUGAAUAAGCCUGAAAGAGAAAACUUUCUCGCUAACUACAGUCAUGAGUCGAGUAGUAGAUGUGAGUCUGAAAUCACACAAAAUGGGUUUGGAGGAGGAUUUCUAUUCGUUUGAUUUUGACAACGAAGAGAUACCUGUGUAUCAGAACCAGGACGAAAUACUGGCUGCUCUGAGGCAGAAAGAGGAAGAGGUUAUUUUGGCAGCGCAACUGGGGAACGCACUACUUUUGGAGAAUCGUCAGCUAAAAGAGGAGGCUGACAAACUGCACGAGCAGUACACGGACAAACUGGAGGUUCUGGAGCAGGGCCGGCAUGAGCUGCGUCUGAAACUGGAGGGCUGUCAGGCGCAGUGGGAGGGUCAGGUGUCGGAGCUGGAGGGCGACGUCAGGGAGCUGAGCGGCCAGGCCCAGCAGCUCCGCAUGCAGCUCAGCCAGGCCCAGCGGGACCGCCGCCGCGACCAGCAGGAGCACAGCGAACUCAGCCAGCACCUCUGCCAGCAGCUGCAGGACGCGAUGGAGACAGAGCGUGCACUGAGCGCAGAGCUUCAGACACUGAGGCAGGAGGUGAGGGAGAGUGGACACUCCAGACCCCAGGACGAGGAGCUACUCAGUGCCAUGAGAGAGCAGGUGGCGCGUCUGACAGAGAAGGAGCGGACUUUGGAGCAGCGUCUGCAGUGUGUGUGUGAAGAGAACUCGGAGCUAAAGGGAAACCUGAGCUCGUUACACAAACGCCUCGCACUACACGAACAACAGAGCCAGCAGCACAUUCAACAGCUGGCAGAGGCGUGGCGUGAGGUGGAGGUGGCGCGGGGUCGGACUCAGGAGCUGCAGAGCCAGGUGGAGGCGCUGCAGGAGGAGGCGUCCAUGCAGGAGGGUAGCCAUGGCAACGCAUCGCUUCUCUCUGAGCUGGAGCUCAGUCUAGACACCCUGGGCCUCGGCACAGACAGAGAACAGCUCACACAGGAAGUUGAGUCCAUCCUGAGGCUUCUACUUCCUCUAACGCAAAACCCCCAGGAGGUGGGUGGCGGGCAGAAUGACCUGCAGGGCAUGGUGGCACAGCUGAAGAACCUGGCUCAGGAGCUCACACAACAACACUCAUCGCAGCAGCAGCUCAGUGGCUCCAUUGUGGAGGUGGGGAGUGACCAGUCUGAGAGCCCGGCCCAGAUACAGGACCUCAAGGAUCAGGUGUGUGUGCUGCAGGAGGAGAAUCGUGAGCUGAGGUUGCUGUCGGAGCGCUGCAGGGUGGAGGAGGAGCACCUCCACCAGGCCAUCAGAGACCGAGAUGAGGCCAUGUCAAAGAAGACACUGAUGGAGGCAGAGCUUGUGCGUAGCAAGAACGACAUGAUGAGUCUGAAUAACCAGCUGCUGGAGGCCAUUCAGAGGAAGCUGGAGCUCUCACAGGAGCUGGAGGCAUGGCAGGAUGAUAUCCAGGUGAUUCUUAACCAGCAGCUCCGAACUCAGCAGCAGUGUGAUCAGAGCCAGAGGAAGCCUGUGGCGUCUCACCCCCUCUCCUUCCUGCGUCGCUCCCGUCGCCUCUCCAACGCGCCAGUCUGCGUCUCCCAGACAACCACCACCACCGACCGCAACGGACCCUCGCCCUGGAGGGACUGGCUCAAGAGGGGCAAAUGAGCUGCACUAACUGCCCCCGCCCCAUCUUAAACCUGAACAAGUACCCCAGGGGCAAGUCAGCUACAAUUCCUACCCCCUCAUAAACUUGCGACUACACCAGGGGUAAGUGAACGGCUCCAAUUGCCCCCUACUAGAUGAACACUAGAUGAACUGUACCCAGGACAAAUGAGCCGUAUUACCUGCCCCCACACAAACUACACAGACUGUACCAGGGGUAAGUAGGCAGCCCCAUCUGCCCCCAAGAAGACGAGAAAAAGUGCACCAGGGGCAAAUAAGCAUCAAGACAUGCCCCCAUGCAAAACACACAAACUGCACCAGGGGGCAUGCACCAUCUGCCUCCUCAGAGAGCAGAUGAACAGUAAGACACGCCAUCUGCCCCCAUGGAGGCCAAGCCAACUGCACCAAGGGCGAUAUAGCCACACCAUCUGCCCCAACACAUACAUGAAGUAGCUGCACCAGGGGCAGUUGGUAGUGGGGAGGGAAAGGGUGGGCUGAUACCCCCCAUGGUGCCUGAGUUCAGCAGCCGCUGGACAAUCGGCUGGCCAUGAACAUGAAUGCGCCUGGUGCUAGGGGCUAUUCGGACACAAUGGGAACGAGCCCUGAAGUCCACUCUCCCUGACACUUCUCAUCAUUAGAGCACUACCAAGACGACCCCGGAGUCCACUGUUUCACAUGGGCAGGCCUGAGAAGAUGUACUUCUCGAAGAAGAAUGAAGGAACGGAUGCCUUAUGCCGGUGAUUUGGAUCACCACACCUCUGGGAAACACAAAGAAUGUGUUUUUUCUUUUUUCUCCUGAUCAAAAAGUUCAAAGAGGUUCUAUUUUGUUGUAUGAAGUUGUAUUAUUUGAUAAUGCAAAUGUUAUGUUAGAUCAUCAUUCAGUCAGUAUUUGUAUUUAUUUUGAUACGUUUUCCCUGUUAUUGUGAUUAAAGCUAAGGGAACAAGCAUCACUGAUCAAAGCAUGUGCAUGUCGGGCAUGCACUUCCUAACGGUGCAUUUAACACUGUAUUUUCCAAGAUGGCUGACUUGGCCCUGCAAUAUCCUACUAUCAAUGACUUUGCCUCUGACUAUUCACAGAGAUUAUUGUGUGCAUACACAACGCCUUACUCUAGACACUAUUCACAUCUCUGAACUGUGAUUGGCUAGAGUGUAUGUUUUCAAACCAAUGUUGACACUUGUUAUUUAACCCAGGUGAGGGCUUGAGAUUCCAGUGCACUUGUAUGAGAUCAGAAAGUGUGUUGCAGGUGAAACACACUACUGUAUGCUGUAACAGAUCAACCUGCUUUUCUAUUGAAGUCCAAUGGACUAACUCACACGAACACAUUGACCACGAGUCCCUCCGACGUCAAAGCCCCCAUGCAUGAGGGGCCUUUUGAAAUAGAGAAGGAGAUGGUUCAUCAGGCCUGAUGAAGAUCUGUUGAGAUCGAAACGUUGCCUUUUAAGAAUAAUUAAAGUAUCUCUUGGAGCCCAUAUACAGUGUGCAGACCAUCUCCUUCUGUCUCUGACACGUUUUGUCUGGCACCUCUUACAACAUAUUUUGGAUGUGCGCACCCGUCUCUACAAAUACGGCCUUAUGAAAUAGCCAUCACUACACUACUGACUUGCCUGAGACGCACGAGGGCGUGCUCACCGGCCUCAUCACCACAGGUGCUGAGAGUCUUGUUCUGUUGCCACGAUGCUGUACAGUAUGCUUCCUGCUCCAGGGCUGGUUGGUGAUUCACGUCUCUGCUGCAGCUGCUGAAGCCAUUCCCUCAGUGAUCCCUAUAUGUGACUCCUUCACUUGUCAAUCAACAGGAACAGUCCAAUCAACUGCAUGCAUAGGAAUGCCCGUCACAUCUAUUCUCUCUAUUGGCCUACAAAACAAUGUGUAGUUUACUCACAUUUCAACACAUGCUGGUCACAGUUAAACUACUGAUUGGUUAGUUCAUGUGUGUUUUUUUUAAAGCAAACUGUCUAAUGCUGUAACAAUGUUGAAAAAUAAAUGAUGACUGACUAUUUGUAGUACUUAUUUGGUGAUAUUUGUAGUAUGUUGAUCUUUGAAAUGCAUGGUAAGGUGUUUAUGUAGUGUUGUCUUGGAAAGCACAUGUGAAUGCCUUAUACUGUGAAAUAAAGUCAGUUUUGUACAAACACA